AUGGCCCAACAGGAGCUCGGGUCGAGUGCCCUACAGCAACCCAAUUCUACCCUGAGAUCCUUGGUUGCACGAAUACCAUCAUCAUUACCCCGUCCGGACCAACCGAGACAAGUGCAACUUCCGAAUACCAAUUCUCUGGGAGCGGAGGAUAAACAAUCCAAAAUACCAACAGCCAUGCCAUCUACGUCAAUGAGCCCAGCAUCCGUGGACCUUGUAAGGAGACUCGACGAGCUGGAAAUAUCAUUCACCAUUACAACCGCAAUGGGCUACUUCAGCGCCCAGCAACUGGACCAAGCUAAACAAGAGAUCAAGAAGGCGGUCCACCUGGCAACCACCAAAAGACUCAAGAUCCAUGCACUCAGAUGCCACUACUGGAUCGGGCGCAUUGAGUUCGAGCGCCAGGACUUUGCGUCGGCGUACAAGCACUUCACAGCCGCGAUGCCGUGUCUCAUAUACAACGAAUACCCAGAAGGAGAUGACUUGAUGCUCUAUCUGCGACUUUCACAGCCAGAAGUUACCAAUGAGAUCCGAAAGAGCAUACUGCGAAAACACGCGAGAGCCGUAUUCAGAGAAUGGCCGCACUCGGUCCGGGCCAAGAAGUCGAUUGAGACGAAGUCGAGAACGCAUACCCCGAGUGAUGACUCGUGGGACCGUGCGCUCCAUCCUCAGAAGAAACGGCCGCCAAAUAUCCGAAAGAAAUCUGGCCCUGGGCAGAGCGACCAAGCGGAACAGCCUGAGGUGCCUGAGCGUGUUUUGGGCAGCCUCGAGGGCCUUGGCUUAAGAGGUGCUCAUUCGACAAGUUACACAACACGAGAAGGUCGCGAUUAA